AUGGCUGCUCAAGAAUUUACUGUAUUGUACACUCACCAAAAAAUGAAAAAAUCAAAAACAUGGCAAGAUGGAAUUCUGAGGAUUAGAGCUGGUGGGAACAAGGCUGUCUUGUUUGAUGAUAAAGGGCAAUGUUUGGAGAGUAUCUUUAUUAAAUCUCAGGUGAAUGCUGGAGAUGAUUUAGAAGGUGAACGUUAUCUGAUCACAGUUGAAGCAGUGAAAGUGAAUGAGAAAUCCUUUGAAGAUCAGCCAGGGAAAGCAGAAGCUCCAGCAGUGGAUAGAAAUGGUGUAAAAACCAGUGUUCUGCCUCCCAGACAUCUGUCUGUGGGCUUGAAAAGGAAGUUUAGGGGUUUCCAAGGGCCACGCCAAGUUGGAAAGAAAAUUCCAGCAACGGAAGGUGAAGAAAGCCCAAGAGUGUUGCCUGUUCCUCAGCAGGGUCAGGGGACUUUCCCAUCCAAAUUUUAUGUUACCUCUCCUUUAUUCUCUACCAUUUGCAAGAAGGAUGCAGAAACACAUCUGUCUGCAGAAUUCCAUGAAGAGGGGAGUAGGGAUGGUGUUGGAGAGCCCAUGUCUCUCUCCUCACUGCUUUCACCUCAGUUUCUGGAUGGAUGUGAGGGGACAGAGAAGCCAAACUCUUGUCUCUCCACUGCCAAGCCAGAAUCUCCUCUCAUUGCUGGGAAGGUCAAACCCAGCAGGCAGGCAGUGUCACACAGCAUCAGGAGCACAGCACAGAUCAUAGCUCUUCUCAAGUCUAAACCAGCACAGGGAUGCAGGGAGCAAGCCAGCCCUGAAGGCACAGGAUGUCUUUCUAGGUUUCAAGCAUCAGAAGAGCAAAGCACAGUCCCACCUGCUUUUCCAGGCAGCCCUUCCAAAAAACUUGUCCAAAAUAUUCAGCACCUGCCAUUUAUGGAGGAAACUGUAAGUGAAAAGAAGGAAUGGAAGGCUGAAAUGCUCCUAAAUCCAGCUGAACAACCUUGUGAUAAACAAGGCACAGGACAGAGACAUGACAAAAAGGCAAAUCAUGUAAGUCAAGACUUGCAAGAUCCCUGUAAUACAAAGAGUUGCUUCCCACCUGAAUGCACCAUCAGCAGAGUGAGUGACAGUCAGUUUGUCCCAUCCUCAGGUGAAUUUUCAUGCUCAGCAAGCCCAGUCAGCUUUGAAGAAAAUCUCAGGAGGUACAGGGAGUGUGCAAUGGCAAAUGGAGUUCAGGAGAAUUCAUCUGUGAUGUCCCAAAGUGAGCAUCAGCCCAGACAAAAUUCAGGAGGAGCAGCUGGUGACACAGAGCUCUCUGUGGACCUAAGACUGACUGAAACUGGAAUUGCCAAGGAGGAAUUCAGUGCAUGUGGCAAAGACUGUGAUCCAGAUGAACCUGUGGUGGAGGUUAACUUUAACCUAAUGGCAGCUUUUGAUUUUAUGGACCCAGACAGUCAAAACCUGUGUGAAAGAGGUGGGAGUAAGCUCAGUGAGGGAGCUGUGCUGUCACACAGUCCAGGUGGCUUAGAGGGAGAAGAUGCAUUGCAGAGAAUUCAUCUUUCAUACAAAGGAGUGACACACCAUAAGAAAGAAGUUGAAUUUUUAAUGUUUGAUGGAGAUCACUGCACUGGGAGAGAGCAUUGUGACAACAUUGGAGACACAGGGAGAACUGGAGAAGACUCUGCAAACCAGACCAGAAUAGAAGUGGAACUUGUGAGUGAUGGACACAGUGAGAUGAAGGAAAAUCAGCUAAGUAUCAAAGCCACAAUCAGAAAGGACCCUGGUGGCUGUGCAGCUCAUACCAUUAGUGACAUGUCAUGGACAAAAAGCAAGCACUCUGAUCUUCUGCCUGAUGACGUAAAUGUUAAUGACUGUCACCCUAAAGUCACCAUGUUUGAGAAAACUGGAAGUAGUCCUUGUAUUUCUACCAGCAGAAUGAUUUCUGCAAUGGAUGAAAGGACUGAAGAUGUUACAGAGUUUGGAUGCAUGAAAUCCCCAGAUGUUGAUGUAGAACACUUCUGGGGUACUGAGAGUGAUGCCACUAAACGAGGUAACCCUUUGUCACAAAAAUCAGAUCCAAGCUGUGGCUCAUUCCAAGAUUUUGCAGAAGAUCAUCAACAGGUAUUUGGUGUUUCAGCUAAGGAAGAUACUCCUCUGUCUAGAGGCCCUGUCUGUCCUUUAGGAAAAGCCCAUCUGUCUGCAGAGGACCCAGCCACAGGUGAAACUGAGUUUGAAAAUGUUGAGAGCAUCAGUGCCUUUCAUGGACUCUGCAAAGGUGGGAGAGCAGGAGUGGAUUGCCUGGAACAGAUGAGAACAGCUGAGAAGUCAUCAGAUCUUCCUGACCUGGUAACCAAGAUCACUCUUCUGAGAGCUUUGACUCAACAUAGCACAGCAUUAGAAAGCUUGCAAAAGAUGGAGGAACAGAAUAGCAUGUUCUGUGAAGCAGAGACUUCUAAAGAGCUGGUUGAACCCCUUGUGCAAGAUGAAGCUAUAGAACAGUUUACAGAAAUGCCUUACUCAGAAAGUAUGCAGGCAUCUUCCUGUUCAUACUUUGAUUCUUCUGACUUCAUGCCAAAUUGCAUGGACAAUUCAAUACAGAAAACAGAGGCUUGUAUCCUACCCACAGCAGCAGCCCAAAGAGACCCCAAGACAUCUGACUGCCAACCAAAGCCUGUUGCAUUUCAAGGGCACCAAGUAAAGGGAUCAGCAGCUAGUGAGGUAAUGUCCAGAUCUCCCUGCUCACAGCUGGGAUGGCAGCAGCACCCAGAUAAUAUGGAAUUUGCAGCUCAGAGGCUUUUGUCACCCCUGUUUUCAAGCAGUUAUGUCCUUUCUGACUUCAGACAGUCUCCAGGUUCAGGAAGUCUUCACGAAGAUGAUAUCAACUUUAUCACAGAAGAGAAUUUUCAGAAGAAUUCUAACAUUAUUAAAGAGUCAAGGAUAGAUCAGUCCUCAGUGGCAUUUAAUGUGAAUUCUGAUGUUGCACCAUGGGCAAUGUCAGGCUCACCUUCAUCUGCUGAUUUGAGACAAACCCAGUGGACUCCAGGGGAACCUGACAAGAUGAUUUCAUCAGUAGAACUGACUUCCUUGCUUGAUCCAGACUCUACAAUUUCUCCAGCUUCAGGAAGUGAGGAAACUAUUGGAGACACCCAGGAGCCCCUGAUACACAGCAUCUUGCCAAGUGAACCAGAACUUGCAGAAUCUUUUCUCACCCAGGAGAAACCCCUCUCUCCAGAGGAGUGCAGCCUCUCCAGACUCAAGCCCUCAGUCAAAACACGAACUCCAUUUGUCACUCUUCCUGCUGCUGAGAAGAUUCCUGACCCAGUUUAUCCAGCUGACAGCUACGAGGUCCAGGAGUCUUUGGGCUCUUCACCAGUCCAUUUAGGCAACAAUUCAGUGGUAUUUCCUAGGAGUGCUUUUGGCCCUGAGGACAGAAAUUAUGAAACCUCUGUGUUUGGAGAGUAUAUGGAAGGCAGACAAAGGGAGCCUGUACAAGCAGCCUUCCCUAAUGUGCCUUCACAAUAUAGACAAAGCAAGUGGCUAAAAUAUCAAAACAGUGCACAGGGUGACUUGACAACUCAAAACAGAGAUGAUGGGGAAGUGAGAGAUGACAUCUGUGCUGAGAACAUCCUUGGAAUGCUGCUGGGUGACCUAGGAGAGAGCAGUGCCCUGAAGAACAGCGCUCCAGGCUCUGCCCCUCUGCUGACAGCACAGAGGAUGCUUGGGAAAUGCUCUGCAAACACCAGCCACCAGGAUUUGGUUUCAGAGAGGAAGUUACUUUCUCUGCACUUCAGUCAGACACCUCUGGCUGAAGCAACACAAAAGGUGUUAAGUCAUCUGAGCUGCCACACUGUAACAGGAGAUGGCCAGGACAUAACAAUUUGUGAGUUGUCUUUCCCUAAUGUGGAUAAAGUAAAAUGCACUCCUCUUCCUAAAAGAAAGGUUUCCAUACCAACUGUGUUUCAGUCUCAUGUUCACUACAAACAGGUUUUUAAAGCUGCUCUGACAGAGCAAUUAAACAUAAUGCUCUUUGAGCUGUCCCAGAAGUUACACAGUGCUCUCUCAAAAGUGGAUAUAUCAUUUUACACAGCGUUGAAGGAUGGGCAAAGUGAGAGCAAAGCAAGCAGUGGUCCCCUCUGCAAUCACAUGCAUCCUGCUAAGCUUGUUGUGGUUAAAAAAGAAGGUCAAAACAAGGGCCGUUUGUUCUAUGCCUGUGAUGCCCCAAAAGCUGAGCAGUGUUCAUUCUUCAUGUGGAUGGAAGAUGUGAACCCCACACAGAUAAAAUCCAGACCUAGUGCAGUGCUCCACGAUAUAAAAAGCAUUGGGACAUACCUUAGAAGCCAAAAGAUUUCUCUCUAUGAGGAGUGCCAGCUUUUGGUGAGGAAAACUUUUGAGAUUCAAACACAGAGGUGUAGUAAAUUCAAGAAAUUUACACCUGCAAGUUUUGAUUGUGAUCCCAAAAGCAAAUUAUACCUCAAACUCAGCAUAAAGGAGCAUUAUUCUCUCUAUAGCAAAGAUGAUAUUUGGGUUGUUUCAAAGACUCUGAACUUUGAUCCCCUGGAUACUUUCAUUGCAAGCAGUGCUUUCUUUGGACCAUCCUCCAACAAUGAAGUAGAAUUAUUACCACUGAAAGGCUACUGCCCCUCAAACUGGAGAUCAAACAUGUUUGUUCAUGCCUUGCUGGUUUGCAAUGCCAGUGGUGAGCUUACAUCUUUAAGAAAUCUGGAGGAUCACUUCAAUCCAGCCACGUUACCACUCAUACCCCACCUCCUCAAAAUGAAUUCUGAUUCUGAAAAUGCUCCAAAUAGAGUCAGCAAAAGAAAAUUUGUUCCCCCUGCCAUCAGCCUGAAGCACACAGUGGUGUCUGGCCCUGUCAGCACUGAGGUGGCAAUGGGACUUGCUACAAAGAUGAUCCAAACCUUCUCCCUGAACCCAGAUCAAGCCACAUCACUGGUUCAGAUAGCUCAGAUGAUGACUGCAUGUGAGAAUAUCAAACCCCCAGAGGAACAUCAGAUCUUCCCCAUCACAGUCAUACGUGGUGUUUUUGGAGCUGGGAAGAGCUAUCUGCUCUCUGUUGUGAUCUUGUUCCUUGUGCAGCUUUUUGAAAGCAGUGAAGCUACAGAGGGUCCAAGACCAACUCCAUGGAAACUUCUGAUUGCUUCUUCCACUAACAUUGCUGUUGAUCGGAUACUGCUGGGUCUACUUGAUCUCGGAUUUGAGAAUUUUAUCAGAGUGGGAAGUAUCAGGAAAAUCACCAAAGCAAUUCUUCCCCAUAGCUUACAUGCUGGCUCAGGAAAUGAAAACGAGCAGUUAAAAGAACUGCUUGCCCUCAUGAAGGAAGAUUUAACUCCAGCUGAAAAAAUAUAUGUGAGGAAGAGUAUUGAGCAACAUAAACUUGGGACCAACAAAACUAUACUGCAACAGGUCAAAGUGGUUGGAGCCACCUGUGCUGCCUGCCCCUUCCCCUGUCUGAAUGCUCUCAGGUUCCCUGUGGUGAUGCUGGAUGAGUGCAGUCAGAUGACUGAGCCUGCUUCUCUCCUCCCUAUAGCCAGGUUUCAGUGUGAAAAGUUAGUCCUUGUUGGAGACCCAAAGCAACUGCCCCCAACAAUUCAAGGGUCUGAGAGUGUUCAUGAGAAGGGGCUGGAGCAGACUCUCUUUGACCGCCUCUGCUUGAUGGGACAUAAACCAAUACUUCUCCGGACGCAGUACCGGUGUCACCCUGCAAUUAGUGCCAUAGCUAACGAGCUGUUCUACGGAGGAAAUCUGAUAGAUGGUGUUUCUGAGGAAGACAGAAGUCCUUUAUUGGAUUGGCUUCCAACACUAUGUUUUUAUAGUGUUAAUGGGGUAGAGCAAAUUGAAAGAGACAACAGCUUUUAUAACAUGGCAGAAGUUCAUUUUACAGUCAAGCUCAUCCAGUCUCUGAUUGCAAGUGGAAUAGAAGGCUCUGCAGUUGGUGUGAUUACUCUUUAUAAGUCACAGAUGUGUAAGAUCCAGAAUAUGCUCAGCAGUGUCCACUCCGAGGCCUUUGACACCAAACCUGUCCAGGUGUCCACUGUGGAUGCCUUCCAAGGAGCUGAGAAGGAGAUCAUUGUUUUGUCCUGUGUGAGAACCAGACAGGUCGGGUUCAUCGACUCGGAAAGGAGAGCGAACGUGGCGCUGACGAGAGCAAAGAGGCAUCUGCUGAUUGUUGGAAACCUGGCCUGUUUGAGUAGGAACAGGCUGUGGGGAAGAGUGAUUCACCACUGCAAAGGAUGGGAAAAUGGAUUGCAACACAUAAGCCAGUGUGAGCAGCAGCUAAACAACAUUCUUGAGUGUUAUGUGGAGAAAUGGAAGGAAGAACAAGAGAAUAAGAAAAAGGAAAAAUAA